AAAAAAAAACCUGUAGAGCGACCUCAAUACCAAGAACGACUUUACCUAUCGAUAUAACUACCAGAACAUAAAGAUUAACGUCUUCCAACAUGACCGACUGGCUCAACAAUCUCUACGUGUGUCUACUUGUACCCUCCUGGGCAGACCUAGCUAAUUCCGUCAGCCCGUCUACGGUGACCACGAAAACGAGAAACCCAGCAACGCCAUCCCCGUCGUCGACGACAAUAACGGCGACAUUAACGCGGGCUUCGGCGGAAAGUACGUCUGGCUAGUGGCCAACUACAUCCAGGACCCGCAGAACUGCCUUCACAACAUCAAGAUAAUGGUCUCGGACACGGAGAAGCCAGGCCAGAUGGACCUGGCCAAAGGGGCCGGGGGACAAUACCGCUACCUGGAGACCUCGACCGUGGCCGCGGAGGGCUUCGGGAUUUCGAACCUGAAGCUCCUGCGAAGCACGGAUGAGGUGAGCAGCACCGAUCUUCGAGGGCGGGGAUAUCGCGGAUGGACGACGGAUAUCAAUGCAGGUCGGGGAGGGGAAUAUUUGUAUCUGGUCAUUUUUGACUUUGAUUAUUUGAUCCCUUCAAUCGUGAGUCUUGGUCAUACGUUCAUCUUUAAGCCGGACAGACAAUUGAGUUGAACUUUGUGCUUUAGAACGGAGGUGGCUGUAGGAAGCUGGCAGAUUGAGACUGAGGAAGAAGUAAAGAAAUCUUCAAAGAAAAUGAACAGCUCUGGCCAG